AUGUACCACGUAUAUCAACGUCGGCCAAAGAGUCAAUUCGCUCAGUUCGAGAACGCGUCUUAUUUGGAGAAGGCAGCCAACAAGAAGCCUUGGAGAUAUCAGCCGGAACCGGAAUUUUGGAGGGACCAACCCAGAUUAUGGUUUAAGCAACUAGAAGCCAUAGUAGCACCACAGAAGCAAGGAGACGAUUACAAGUACUAUACGGUCAUUGCAAAACUGCCAAAAGAAGAAAUAAUACAGGUUAGUGACCUCAUUACUUGCCCACCGCCAAUAGAAAAGUACAAGGCUAUCAAAGAACGCCUAAUCAGUUGCUAUGAGGAAUCAGACCAACGUCAGCUCCAAAAAUUAUUGUCUGAAAUGGAUCUCGGCGACCAGAAACCAUCACAUCUUCUGCGCAAGAUGCGGACCCUGAGUAACGGAAAUAUCAGCGACGAAACCAUCAAACUUCUAUGGUUGAGGCUUCUGCCACCAUCAGUGACUUCGGUUCUAGCAGUCACAGAAGACAUAGAUGUGAACAAGAUGAGCCAGAUCGCGGACAAGAUAUUAAUAAAUUCAACACGUACAGAGACUAAGUGUGGAAGAGCCAUGCUCGACACAAAUGGGUCGGCCCAACUGAGGCCGUCACCCACCACAUCACAGCGCUGCGUUUCACGAGGUUUCGAGGUCCAAUCCCUUCCCUCCCCAAAUCCCAAUCGUUAA